AUGGUGAUGGUGGAGCUGGUGAUGGUGAGUGCGCUGGGCGGCGGGGUGGGAUUUGCGCUGAACAUGAUGGGUGUGUGGAAUGUACCGAGUGUAAUGGGGCUGGUAGCGGUGGGCGCGCUGGGCUGCGGAGUGUGGGCGUGCUGGAUAUGCUAGGUGUAUCGGGCUGCGGUCAAUUUCGCUCUCGUGGAUACGCAUGUGGCCGAAUAGGCCCAUGCAGUGAAUGAAUGUGGGAGGACAGUGGGGAGCGCGCCCGAUUCAGGCGCUUUCCUGCUGGAGAGUUGCUGCACGGCCCCGAUGGUUUCGUAGAGAGAGGGUGGGCGGUCGAGGUCGGCUUUGGUCUCCACUUGAGGCAGACGAGCGAUGGCAGCGGCGGAGAUGGUGGAGGGACGGUUGAGAACGUCCAUCGCUGUAGAUUUUGUGUCUUCUCAUUGAGUAAGGUACUGCCGUCAUCGCUGAGAAGAUGUGACGUUGCUUUAGUUGGCGAACCGUAGACAGCUUUGAUCGCGGCGAAGAAGUUCCUCCAUUCGUUGCGGUCCGCGUACCCUUGGAUCUCCACGGCCUUGCGAGCUGUUCAGGCAUCCUGAAUUUUGCACAUCCGCCGUUGCACAAGGCGGCGACUACGGUAGAAGGCUGCCCCGUUGUUGUCUGUCGAGCGAUCGACGUAGGCUUUGUGUAGACGGUUCUUCUCGGUAGGCAGGUUGGUGAUGGCGGCGUUGUUGUCGUCGAACCGUUCUGGUGUUGGCGCGACUGAGAACGGCCAGCGCCGUCGACUGUACUGUGUCCACCAGUUGACACCAUCGGGUUUCCAGGGGGCGUUAAUGUCAGCAAGGCGGCGAUUGGAUGGUUGGCUAGCCGUUGGGCUAGCUCAUUGCUGAAGUGGUGAUGAGCAGGCAACGACAACAAAGCAAUAUUCAGCUUACAUGGGAGUCGCUUACCUCGAGGUCUCCUGCGAAGCUGUAGGCGAGUACGCAUUUUAUAGAUGACGAGACGAUGGUCGGUCCACCCGUCGGCACCCGGAAUCGCUUUUAUCGUCAGCACGCCUCGCUGAUCUCGCCGCCGGACGAGGACAUAGUCCAACAAGUGCCGCUGUCGCAGCCGAGAGUGCAUUCAGGCGGCCUUCUCGCACGUCGGGAGCCAAAAGGUGUUGGUCAGGAUGGGCCAGUGUUCCGCGCAGGCCCGUAGGAAGAGUAAACCAUUAUCAUUGGAGCCGCCGAGACCAUGAGGAUGCAGCACUCUUUUCAGGCAGCAUGGUGUGUGCCGACGCGGACUCUGAAGUCACCAAAGACAACUAGCUUAUCCGUCUUCGGCACAGACACGGGGAGGGCGUAAAGGUUCUCAUAGAAUUUGUCCCUUUCGGCUUCGGGGCUAGUCAGCGGGGUAGUGCAGACGCUGACGAUGAUGGCGAAUUUGCCUACCCGGAGAGGCAGACGGAUGUUGCCUUGCGGUGGACAGGGCAGUCGUCCCACAAUAACAUUCCGGAUGGCAAAGGCGUCGCUCUGCCCUGACACGACUGCUUCAUAAGAAGGUGUAGCCGGCGCCAACCUCCUCAAACUGGCUUUGAUCGGAGAAGGGAUUCUCACUGAGCGCAGCGAUUUCCGCCUUGCAGCGCGCCAAUUUCCGAGCCAUUAGCAUCAUCUUACGUUCCGUUCGCUUGCUUCCCGGAUUGUCUGAAAGGAAAUGAACAUUCUAGGCUGCCCGAGUGAGCGGACUCAUCCUAUCAGUCUGGCGAGCGGGGCGGUGAGAAGAGAAAGGAAGAAGAGAGAGUGUAUUGUCUCAUGUUUGGUUGUUUCGACCGUGAGUUUUGCGUCUGCGGCCACGGUCAACCUGCAGACGGCGUGGCUCCCCAGCAUCUGUUUCGGACAUCUUUUCUAGCCCCUUCCCCUUCGCUUGGGGGGAGCGGUGCUCUCCCUAAAUAGGGUUGCUCAGUUGUCCCAGGCGGCUGCCGAACUCCACUAUGGGCCGCGACUUGUAUUUAGUGGGAGAACGACCUGAGUUAACCUGGGACUGCCUACGAUAUCGUCGUAAACUGAAUGGGUGGAGGGUGGAAGGGUAGAGAGACGGGAUGCAGAGCUUUCCCGUUCCUCUUGAAGCUCACUAAAUGCUGAAGUAUAAACGAUGAGGAGACAACUUUAACAGAACGGCAUUUAGCUUACAGUAAGGACAGGUACAAACAAGCAGAGACAAGGCAAGAUAUGAUUAUGUAGCCCCACCUUCUGGACCCACUACUGCCGGGGCUGGGACUAGGGAGUAGGGUCAAAGGUUGCGGUUAGGGGUUAGGGCAGCUAAUUCUCAACCGCUCGAAGUACAAGCACGCAUUCCCAAUAGGUUUUCUUUUGCAUAAAGCUACUUGAUCUCCUUGCCUGUGCGUUCCCCGACCCCACCAGUAAAAGCCUCCAUUACCACUGGUCUCGUAUUACAGGUGGCUGGGGUUUGUUUACUUCAGGUGGGACACAUAAUCAUAUCUGAACGCAGAUAAAAAGCAAGAAGGAAAGAAUAGCAAAAAGUAAAAGUAAUACAGAAAAUUCAACAGAAUAUCAUUUGGUUUUCAAUAAGGACAAGCACAUACAUGCAGAGAGAAUGCAAGCAGAUAAGAACAAGCAAAAGCAAAGGCAGCAGAGCAACGUUCGCCUACCUGAUGGUCUACUUAUCUUGUUCCAGAUGGGGCCUCAUCACGGAGGUGCCAAUGCCGGCCGUCGGAGCCGAGAUUACCGUGUGCGAAGAUGUAUACGCACGGAUACCCUCACCUGGUUUAGCCCGCCAGUCGAGGCGGUUACCUGGCUGUGACCGACAAGCAGAGCCUAGCUUCGGGGAGCCACAUGUGAGCGCCGAUGCCAUAGGAAAAUUGCGCAACAGUAAGGCACCCGGAGAGGACGGCAUACCCGCUGAAAUCUUUUAGUCUUGUGUCGACACUCUGGCGUCCUGGCUCCAUGAGGUGAUUGAACGAGCGUGGAGAGACGAGGUUGUUCCUGAUGACUGGGGCUUAGGCAUCCUUGUACCUAUCCUCAAGAAGGGAGAUAAGACGAGAUGCGAGAACUACCGCGACAUAAGUCUCAUCGACGUUGCUGUGAAGAUCUUCGCUAUUGUCCUACUCAGGCGAUUCCAGGCUGUGCGUGACUCAAGGACGAAGCCCAACCAAGCCGGAUUUCGUGCUGGACGUGGAUGCGCAGACCAGAUAUUUACACUGAGGCGCAUUCUCGAAUUUCGCCAUUGCUACCAACAACCGACGGCCGUCUGCUUCGUUGACUUUGCCGCCGCGUUAGAUUCCGUUCACCGUGAGUCCCUGUGGCGGAUAAUGGCGCUAGAUGGUGUACCGGCAAAAAUCAUCGCCAUGAUCAAAACCUACUAUCGUUCCACUACUGCGAGAGUCCUGGUCCGUAACAAUCUUUCCCAACCGUUCGGUAUUCGGUCUGGCGUCCGACAGGGUUGUAUCCUGUCACCCAUACUGUUCAACUACGCUAUUGACUGGAUCCCCGGGAGGGCCCUACGCGACAGUGACGGCGUUGAAUUUGCACCGGGAAAUCGACUGACUGAUCUCGACUAUGCCGAUGAUAUCGCCUUACUUGCUUCAAGUUUUGGUGAUCUGCAGUCUAUGGUGUCACGGGUGAACGAGGUCGCUAAAUCAGUCGGUUUGUCCAUAAACGCUGGGAAGACCAAAGUAUUCUCAAGCUGCAUCCCUGACCAGGAGAAGGCACCCCUGGGGAUUGAUGGCUGUCAACUUGAAGAAGUGGACAGUUUUAAAUACCUCGGGACGCGGUUGCUGCCUAAUUAG